AUGAACGCUAGCACUGAACAGAAGAAAACACACACAGAGCCAAACACAAUUCUAGAAAGAAUUUUCACCAUGCCAGUUGACAGAAUAGAAAGCUCUUAUCUAAAGAUAGAGUCAUUGGUUAAAGACUUAUCAAAGAAACAGAGCAGUGCAGCGCCAAAAAAGGGCAAGUCUGCAAAGUCCAAAUCCGAGAAAGAUAAACCAGUAGAAGCUUCUGAAACCGCUGUUAACAGAUACAGCAUCUUUAAAUCCAUUGCCUAUGAGUUUUUUGUUUGGGUUCUAUUUGUCUUAAUCGGCUCUUUUUUCAAGGCCUUUUUAGAUCAAGCUUUUUCGUUUAUAGUUGAAGCAAUAAUUCCAGCGCUCAGAGUGUUCUCAAACCCGCCAUACUCUAGCACCUCUUUGCUUGGAAAGUACGAGUUUCCUGCCAGCGCCUACACCAGAAUAGCUAUGAUCUUUGGAUACACCUUUUUCAGAUUCUACAUAUUCAGCAAGUUCUUCAUAAGACACAUGCAGCGUCCUAAAAUGGACAUCCCCUUUGUUGCCAUAAUGACUAUUGUUUUUAGCAUUCUAUUCAUAAGCAGACAGAUGUACAACACGAUCACAUUUGCAUUCUCCAGAUUAGACUACACAACCACAUAUGCCAGAGCAAUAUCCAUUGUCUCUGCUGGCGCAAUACUCCUAUUUAUUCCAGUUUUCUGCACAGCCGAGCUUAUCAAGCUUUUCAAAAUGAAAAAGAGCCAAAAGAAAAACACACGGUCCGCUAGAUCAAACAUUGCACUCUUCCUAUACAGCAUAUUUUUAGUCACUGCUCUGCUGAUGACAACUGCUUCCUUGGCUCUACUUGCUUUCUUUAGCGUUAAAAAAGGAUUCUAUCAUGUUGUACUUGAUAUAGUAUUUAUGAUCCAUCGCUUUGAAGCAGAAAAACAGCAAAAUGUCUACUUAAACUCUGCUGCGCAGGUAUUAUAUGCCUUCAACUAA